GAGAGACCGCCGCGAUCCUCGGCUCGGCCAGCAGCCUACGCCCAUUUCGCCUGCCGCUGGCGCUUCCGCUUCCGGUAGUCCCAGGCCGCGAGCGUCCGAGGCGGCCGCCAUGGCGAGGAGCCGGCUGGAGACCGUGGGGAGCGUUUUCUCGCGGACUCGGGACCUGAUUCGAGCUGGGGUGUUGAAUGAGAAGCCCCUCUGGUUUGACAUAUAUAAUGCUUUUCCCCCGCUGAGAGAGCCUGUCUUCCGAAGGCCCCGCUUGCGAUAUGGCAAGGCCAAAGCUGCCAUCCAGGACAUCCUGUACCCCGAGGAUAGGAUUAGAGCGAAAUUUUAUUCAGCCUAUGGAUCUGGUCAGAAAGCUUUUGAUCUGUUCAAUCCAAAUUUCAAGUCUACCUGUCAACAGUUUGUGGAGAAGUACAUUGAGCUACAGAAGCUUGGAGAAACAGAUGAAGAGAAGUUAUUUGUGGAAACAGGGAAGGCUUUAUUGGCAGCAGGUGUCCUUUUGAGAAGAGUAGGAGAAGCAAGGACUCAAAAGGAAGGUAGUCACGUUUCCUGGGAAUCUGAACCCACGGGUGUCAAACCCCAAACGGUAUUGGAAAAAAACCAGCCUCUGCAAGAAGUUCCACAGGACCAGCAUUUGGAGACAUCUGAAGAACAGCCGAAAGGUCUCUCACCUCCCUGAAGAACUUGUAUACCGGGUAUACUGACAUCCAAACUGUAUUCACUAGAUGAAUGUUGAACUGUUUUUAACAGUUGGACUGUGUAAAUGUUUCCCAGUCUCUCAGGCAUUAUGUUUGCUUUCUUUUAGUUUCUAAUUCUAGGUUGUCAUAAAGCUCAGUUUCAUGGUUUGAAUGAACUUUUAUGUUAGGAUGGUGUUAAAUAAAGAAUUCCCUGGCUGCUUAUAAAGUAAAUUUACUUUAAAAUUGUAAAUAGCAUGAAGAAACCUUUAUAAGUAUGGUUUGAAUGGGACUUGUUCUGAGUAGGUCUGCUUGGAUUUUUGUGUUAACAUGUGGGUUGGCUAUAUCUGAUUCUCGGGUAUCUUUCUCUUUUCUGGCUCCAUCAGGCUUUUACUUGUGCAUAUGGUAUGUCCCCUGGGCCAACUUUCUGUCUGCAGAUAAUCUUCACAUUUUGCUAUAGAACUGUUGAUCUUCAACUUGAGAGGUGAAGUUGACUUGUGCUUUGUGGUAAGAGUGAGAACCUAUCAUUGAUGAUAGACAAAGGUCAAAACUAUAGCUUUAAUCUCAUAGAUUAGGUUGAGAGUGCUGGAGACAAUUAGCAUAGGCCCGAACCUAGUCUGCUCAGUAAAGAUUUGAAUGAAUAAGUGAUUACAUCCAGCUGAAGACUGAAUUCAGAGGACAUCUGUAGAUAACUGGAUUGCCAGGAGGGGGGCCAGCUCAUUUAGAUGCCGUGAUCCACUGGCAUCCACCUGCCCCCCCUGGUGUGGAGAUGUGAUGAGACCUUACCAACCGUUCUGCUUUCUUCAUUUUCAUAUCUUCUCCUGAAUAAAUGACAUCUUCUGA